CGCUGCCUAGCACGGGUGGAGGACAAGGAGCGGAGAGAAAAAACGACGAUGAAAGUGCGAGAAAGUGCAGCUUCAACGAAUAUAGGCCUAUGCAGCGACAUCUACCGUCAUUCGAUUGUCUCCAACGCCCACGUCCAAGUGCGAAACACGUGCGAAAACGCGUUACCAGACAGAUUUUUCAAUCGGACUCUCAAUCCAAACAUGGUUAGUCACUUCGGAGAAGUUGUGUUUCCAUCAUCGCGAGCGUUUUGGGAUGACGAAGACGAAUAUGAACUGGCUGAAAAUUUAGAAAAUCGUUUAAAAUUAUGUUUUCAUUGGCAGAAAAAUAAACCAGAAGAUAUAAAAAAAUUUAUCGUAAUUGAAGGAGAUCCGUUAAUACCUUUUGCGCAACAAUGCUUGUGUCACAAAAUUGAAGAAUCAUGUAUUAUAAAAGAUGAAAAUGACAAAAAAGUUUCUGUUAUCUAUGAAAUGGAUAAACAGCUAUAUCUGUGUAUAAUUUUACCACAAUUUAAUACAAAAGAUACAGGAAUAUUUAUAAAUGAGAUAUCUGACUUGCUACUAAAAACAGAAAACACACUUGCAAUAAUGUGCCGUCAUAUGUCACAAUUUCAAGGUACAAAUAUUCCAAAUGACCCAUCAUUUUUAAGGAUACUGACCACUAAAAAUAUAAAUGAUUUUGAAUGCGAAGUUAAAACAUUGGAACAACCAAAUAUUAUAUUUGGAGUUGGUGCAGGAGUUUUAUCACAUGCUGAAUUCAUGAACAUGUCAGCUAAAUUAUAUAUAUUGUACAUUGACGGUUUUGUACUAGACUCAAAGUGCGCAGAACCAAUUUUGAAGGUUUUAAACAAUGAAUUACCUGGAAAAUUGCAGCACCUUAAAUUUGCAGAGAAUUUUUUUAGUAAAGGAAAUCUUUACAUGUGAUACACUUCUGUUUUAUUAUUUUCUUGCGGGAAUAAUAUUUAAACUGAUUAAAUGUAUAAACCAAAUUAAAUAUGAUUCUUGUUA